AUGGAAUAUCUGGUAAUAUCAAUCUCUAUUAAUGUGUUAAUUGUUCUAACGCCUUUUCUUUUGAUGAAAACAGUUGAUGCAGUACUACACUUUCAACCUAUUAACUCAGGGGGUAUUAAGCAACAAGAAUUGUACGUUACGAAAGGAGUUGAUCUGAAAAUAAAUUGCUUGUAUUCUUUAACUGAAGAAAUUUCCUCCAAAGUAAACUGUCCCGAAAUAUUUUGGCAAUGGAAUGAAAGACGCUUUGAAAACCGCAACAUGUCAAUUAGUCAAUGUUUAUCCAUCUUGCAUAUUGAGCAGGUCUGGUGGAAAGGAAAACAAACAUUCUUUUGCAUUUAUAAAGGAUACACAAAUAACAGAGAAGUGGUUGAAAAUAAAAGUUUAGUGAUAAUCUCUGGUGAGAAACCAAAACACGUUCCACAACCCUCAAUACGAUGGAUAGAGGAUGUAGUGGAGAUAACAUGGAUACCAAAUACAGGCAAUAAUACCAUGACAGGGACUAAUUAUACUGUAGAGUAUUUUGUACCACCUGAAAAUGUUCAGAAUAUAAAAACCAUUUUACCAAAUUUUUGUGGCGUUUCACUCUUGAAUAAUUGCAGUCACAGAACAGAAUAUUACUGCAGAGCGUCGUUCCCGUCGUUAUUAAUGACAACCUAUAAUGUUAAACUUGUUGCUGAAAACAAGUUCGGAAGGACGGCAGGCAAAAAUAUGAAAGUGAUUAUUCCACUUCUUCAACAGAAAAUGGCGAUAAAACCUGCCAAAAAUCUCAGAGUAUUUUUGACGAAAUCCGGAGUAGGAAUGAAGUGGAGCGGUUCUUCACAAACAGAACGGAAGAAAGUUUGGUACAAAUGUCAAGGAAGUUCCAUUAUUCAUAACAACUUCACAAACAGUGAUAGUUUUGAAAUUCCAAAGGAUAAAUUACGAGCAUUUACUUACUGUAGAUUUUGUGUAAGCAGACAGAAAUAUGGUGGUGGUCAAUUUUCAUGUUACAAGUGCAAUGUUAUAAAAACCGCUGAAGACAUCCCAAAUGAAGUUCCAAAGCUAAAAUCAUGUCAGAAUAAUUCCUGUCCAUUUGUCCCUUUUGGUAUUUACAAAAACGUUACAAUUUCAUGGCGACUACCAAACAAGCGAUCAUGGAAUGGAAUAAUAAGUCGUCAGUUGAUAUUUUACUAUGAAGAAAAUGAGCGAAGGCUUAAGAAUAUCACUGUACGAGACAGCAAUGUCACAGAAUGGACAUUGGAUAAACUGAAAAUCGACAAAGGAUACCAUGUGUUUAUGGUUAUAUGUACAGUUGCAGGAUGUAGUAGAAAAAGUAAUGUUAUUUACAUUACUGGUUCAGUCGAAUCAUCCGUAUCAUUUGAAUUUCCAUUCUUCUCAGAUAAAGCUAACACAGGACUUGUUGUUGGACUUACCCUUGGCAUUCUUGCGUUGUGUUUUGUUUUUAUCUUUGUCUUCCUUUAUAUAAAACGUCACGAAGGAGUGACGCUACCACCUAUUCAGGAACCUCAGGUUGCAACCGGUACCGAACAAAAAUCAAACCAACAAUCACCACCACAAGAAGCAGAGUAUGAUCUACUGGAAUGGAGAAAUAGCGCUGAGCCAUAA